UUAGUGUCAUGUGAUGUUCAGAUGUUAGGCAUUAAAAUGCACAAGACACUUCCACUCACAAUUUAUAACCGGAUAGCAUUAUAUGUGUAUAAAAGUUAACUUUUGACCUUGUUUUGUAAAGACGAAGCUGCCACUUGAUAGAUAUCGAAUUAAAAGGAAGCCAUACAGUUGUAUAAUUAGCAUGUUAAAGCCACGUGAUGAGUAGAGAUAAGUAUACCGACGGUAUUUUAAACUUACUGGAAGUAACGUCGAAGACGGUCGUAGACGACCCCAGCAAAUUUCGAUUUGGACAAAUGCGCAAAAGUGCAAAAGAAGCAUGUGUCAUAAGCAAUGCGAUAAACCAACAAGAUGCAGACAGGCAUUUUUAACUUCGGACUUGGGCUGUCCGUGGGCCUUGGGUUUGCGUACAUGGGCAUCACCUACUUAGCAACCCCAGAUAUCCUUGGGUUAUCAGCCAGCGUAAAGCACAACGAGGACGGACUUACUCAUGAGGGUCAUGACUACGACACAGAGGCAAACAAAUUGUAUGAUCAAGUACGGGUUUUAUGCUGGAUAAUGACCAGUCCCCAGAAUCUAGAGAAAAAAGCCGUUCAUGUGCGUGCCACGUGGGCUCAUAGAUGUAACAAGCUUAUAUUUAUUAGUUCAGUGACUAAUGACAGUUUUCCUACGGUUGGAGUUGAUGUUCCCGAGGGUCGCGAUCAUUUGACUGGUAAAACUAUGAAAGCAUUUCAAUUUGUGUUUGACCAUCAUUUCGACGACGCUGAUUGGUUUAUGAAAGCCGAUGACGACACAUACACUAUUUUAGAAAACUUACGUUAUUUUCUUUCGAGCCAGAACAAAGACUCGCCAAUUUUUUUCGGUCAUCAUAUAAAGGAUAAGGUUAAACAAGGGUACUUCAGUGGAGGCGCGGGGUAUAUAAUUAGCAAAGAGGCGCUAAGGAGAUUUGGCUCUCACGAAACGAAAUCAUCCAUGUGCCGCCAAGAUGGUGGAGAUGAGGACGUGGAAUUUGCCAAGUGUAUGUUGAACUUGGGGGUUAAAGUUGGCAACUCCACUGACCGGUUCGGUCGAAGUCGAUUUCAUUGUUAUGAACCGGUUACACAUCUUAUGGGCGCCUAUCCGAAGUGGUAUAUUAAUUUUGACGCACACGGAGCCAAAAGUGGUCUAGAGAGCAUCUCCGACUAUGCAAUAAGCUUCCACUACGUGCCCCCGGCCAACAUGUACGCACUGGAGUAUUUUGUUUAUCAUUUAAGACCGUACGGUAUUCAUUCCAAACUUCAAGAAUUAAAUCGGAAUGUGGCGUAAAACCGUAAAUGCCGUAGCAUUAAAAUUAAAUAAUAUUUAGAUAAAUGCAAUUAUUAUUUAGGUGUGAAUUAGAAACGUUGACAAUUUGUGCAAGGGGCGUAAUGCUUAUGGGCUUGGUAAUAUAGCUAUAUAGGAAAAACGUGGCUUUUGUGAUGUGAGUCAUGUGGCUUUUGUGAUAUUAUAAUCAAGCACAUGGUUCUAUGAUUCUAAAAAAGGCGACUGCAAUCAACAUUUGUGUAAAUAUUUCAGCGAUCGAAAAUAGUUCUUGCAAAAUUAAACGUGAAUUGUAAUAAAAUAAUAAUCUGUCAAAGGGAUGAAAUGCCCUUGGGCUUCGGUAAUAUAAAGGAAACAUGUGGAUUGUGUUAUGUGGAAGAUGUGACUUUUUUGAUCUUACAGUCAAUCACAUGGUGUUGUGAACCUAGCAAAUGUGACUGCUUGGUUAGACAUUCCAUCAAUCCUUUGCCAAACAGUUAUUGUUUUACAAUGAUUUGUUUCGGAUAUUAGAAAGGUUCUUCUUCGAUACUUAGCAUUCUUUUUCUAUCAUUCAUUCAAAGUUAUUGGUUAUCGAAGUUAUACAGUUUGUAUAAAGAUUUUGCUAAAACAUGUUUGUAUAUAGCAAACAUAAAAGCAAUAGCCCGGAG